UCUCUCUCACAUUUUCACAUUUGGUAUGUGAGAGAGAGUGAGACUUCUCCAGACACACCCACCUCUAAUCAAAUGCCUUGCCUCCUCUAUCUUUCUCUAUAUUUUCUCUCUCUACAUAUACAUACACACUGGUCUGUAUAUAUAACCCAUCAUACAACAUACCCAAAUCCUUUUAUAUUCCGUGAUACUGUUGAUUUUAAAUCUGCAAAAGAAAAAGAAAAAAAUGGAGCUUCAUUUGGGCCUUUCUCUUUCUUCAUCGUCUUCAUCUGCAUCUUGUUCUUCAGAGUUUGAUCUGAUCAACUGCAACAACAAUUACGCUCCUGAAUCUAAAAUCACAAUUCAUCAUUUGAAGAGGAAACAAGAUGAUGACGAUGAUGAUCUUCAAACGCUACCUCUUCUUGUCUGGAACAAUUUCUGCAACAAAACCCGGAUGAAUGAACAACUCCAUGAUCAUGAUGAUAAUGAUGAUGAUGGUGAAGUUCAGUCGAAUUCCAUCUUUGUUCAUCACAGAGAUGACGGUGGUGUGAUUGGGUGGCCACCGUUGAAAUCAUGUAGAAAGAAGCUCUGCCACCCAAAAACCUCUAACCACGGUGGUGGUGGUGGUGGUGGAGGUGGCGGAGGGUCAAAGUCAAUGUACGUUAAGGUGCAUAUGGAAGGCAUUGGAAUUGCAAGAAAAGUUGACCUAAGUUUACACCAUUCAUACCAAACCCUUGUGCACACUUUAGCCAACAUGUUCGGAAAAUCUUACGAAGAUGUGAAACUCACAUACCAAGACAAAGAAGGAGAUUGGUUGCUUGCUGGUGAUGUUCCUUGGGGAUCGUUCAUCGAGACAAUUCAACGUCUGAAAUUGUUGAGGAAACAAUAGUUGAUUGCUUUAUGUGACUGAUCGUAGUUUUGGAACUAGGGUUUUGUUUUGUUAUGAAGGUUAAUUAAGUAUUAAAUUAAAAAAAAUAAUACUGUUAUAAAUUAAUACAGUUUUUAAAUUAGUUCAAUGUAUGUGUUUGAAUCAUGCAUGUGGACAAGAACGAAGCUCUCGAAGUUGUUGCACUUAACAUUCAUAAUACUUUAUAGUUUUCGACAAAA